GGAAUCUCAUACUGGCAACCUAAUCAGAAAAGACACGUGCCCAAAAAUUAGUCACUCCAUUCAUACAUACAACCGCAGCCAUGGCUCCGACAACUCCCCUCCGACCAUCCAAGAUGCCAGCACCUAGCGUUCGUCCGCUAUCCCAACUGACCCCGUUCGAGCAGCUCGUGCACAGCUACUCUACGGGGCCUCCUACACUAGAUAAGAACGAGGAGGCCUGGGACUUCUUCCCGGACGAAUGCAAUCUCCGGUUCGAGUCCGCCACUCAGGAUCCCCCGGCUCGUGUCUCGUAUCUUCUCAAAGUAAUUCCAAAGCAAUGCAAUUACCUCCAGAACCUGCAUGGCGGGUGCGCAGCCACCAUGAUUGAUAUUCUGUCCUCGACAUUGCUUCUAGCACUCUCCAAACCGGGCUUGUUCUCUUAUGGUGGUGUGAGUCGGAACUUGAAGACUACGUAUAUCCGCCCAGUGCCGGCGGGAACGGAGAUCCGGGUGGUGUGUGAACUGGUUCAUAUGGGGAAGCGGAUGGCAUUACUACGGGCGGAGAUUCAGAAAUUAGAUGGGAGUGUCUGUGUCGUCGCCGAGCAUGAUAAGGCCAAUACGGAUCCCGCGGAUAUCAAGAUCUGAGUUGGUCUUGGCGCAUAAUGAUAGAAAGCAAGUUCUACACUGCAGAUGUUUGUUAAGAUAGAAUUAUUCACACGUCAUGGUGCACCAGACACCAACUUUAUCGGGUCAAUAAAUGUAUAUGCAGGCCCGACUACUACUUCAAGACGCAAAACCCAAGUGAGUGUGCGAG